AUGGUGGGUGUGUUUGGUCGCUCCCUCUCCUUCCCAAACAAGAACCAGGCCCGCCCAAAACCGCCCAUGACCCACCACAGCCGCUCCGUCAGCCUCCCCAAUCGGUCCCACCCUUUGCUCUCCAACCUCAUUGACCAGCUCUCCGACCUCGAUGCCUGGUCUUCUUUGCCACCAGCUCGCUCCUCUGCUCGGCUUGCCGAUGGCUUGAGCCGCCUCCGAAAUGCCCUCGACUCUCUCGACGAUGCCCUCCAACUCCCCCAAGCCCAAAACCUCCUCCGUGGACGCCCGCAGCUCACCGAGAAGCUCCUCGAAGACUUCCUCCGCUUUGCUGAUGCUUACGGGAUCUUCCAGUCCUCAGUCCUCGCCUUCAAGGAAGCGCAGAUGGCAGCUCAUGUGGCCAUAAGGAAGAAAGACGAGUCCAAGAUCGCUUCUUACAUGAAGGCCCGGAAGAGGAUCCACAAGGAAAUGCGAGACCUUACUUCUAGCAUCAGAUGCGUGGCAAAAUGCGAUAUUCUUCGCGAGCCAGAUCAUUCCCUGGUCCCUGACGCUGAGCUUGCAGCCGCAAUAUCAGGUGUCGUCAAUGCAACAGCCUCAGUAUCGCUGGCACUUUUUGACAGUUUCGCAUUGUCAUUUGCGGCAAGGAGGUCGUCCUGGAGCGGCCGGCUCAGGCUGUCGAAGAAAGCGAAGGUCGACGAGCCGAUCGAGGAGCUCCAGUGUACGGAAGAGAGAUUGUGGAGUUUGAGGAAGAUGAAGGAUGAGGAAGUGAGGGAGGUUUUGAAGAAGAUGGAGGAAUUGGAAGGUUGCGUUGAGUGCAUAGAGAGUGUGAGUGAGAGAGUGUUCAGGAGCUUGAUCAGCGCCAGGGUUUCAUUGCUCAACACUCUCACACUGUAA